CCUUGACAACGCAACAACCAUCACUCCUGGUCGCAGCAGGAAGAUUCUUGUGAAAGAAAGGGCUUGAUUGCGGAGGAGACAGCGGAGAUCUCUCUGCUUGCCAGGCGGAGACCCUGGCACCAAGGUGCUCGAUGUGCCGCGCAGAUGGAGAAGCUCGCAGCCGGCGUUGCCCUGCAGCAGUGCGCUACAGGCGCCAGACGACCUAAGCUCGAUCUUUGAAGCAAAAAACGUCGAAGAAGUCAGCAGGUAUCUUUUUUAAAAAACCUCGGUUCCAGAAAGCUGUGUGGCGUACACCAAAGAUCGGAGCCAUAGCCGGGACUUCAACCGAGGUUUUUUUACAUGCUUACCUCCGCCUGCACUGUGCAGCUCGCACGCACAUCAAAUCCAGCGGCCACAAGGGAAAAGGAGUCGGAGGAGGCAAGCCCCCUAAAAAAAUACGAGAAGCGUCGAUAAGCAGCAGGAAGGGAAGUGACCAGGAUCACCCCGCACGUAGAGAGCACUAAGAACACCUUUUUUCCAUUCACGCAUAACGAGCAAGCGGCAGUCAUGACCGAUUUUAUCCGCACCAUUUGGCAGAAUACCGCUAGUGCCAACGGCGCCCAGCAGCGGAAGACCACGACGGAGGCCGUUCAGCCCGUGGACCAGAUCCGCCUGCCGCCGCCGGCCGCAACCCCCUCGGUGUCGGCCAGCGAGCGACUGAUCAAGCUGGAGCCGCCGUCGUCCCCAGCCACCUCUUCGUCCGCUUCCGACUCGGACUCGCACUCGGGAAAGGCCCAGCGCAUGGCCCGCGUGAACGCGCGCCGCGACAAGCGCAAGCCGCUCGAGGCAGCCGACUUGACCCACGCCAGCGCCAGCAAGAAGCUCAAGACAGAGGCCACUCUCGACCCCAGCGGCGAGGAGCGUCUGCGUGCCAUGGAGGCGCAGCUGGAGCACCUGGACCCGGACUCAAAGGAGGCCAAGAAGAAGCGCCGUCUCAUCCGCAACCGCAUGUCAGCUCAGCUCCACCGCGAGCGCAAGAAAGCCUACGUGGGCCAGCUCGAGGACCAGCUGCAGGCCAAGGAGAAGGAACUCAAGGCCCUGCAGGAGCAGCUGGCGGCCAUGGCCGUCGAGAGCGAACAGCUCAAGCAGCAGCUCGGCCGCAAGGAAAGCAUGGACCAGGAGCCGCAGAUCAAGGCUGAACCUGUACCACUCGAGAAGGUUGUACUCCCUGAGUCUGUGGUGGUACCCAACGAGCCGGCAGUGGACUGGGCCGCAUGCCUGGAAGACAUGGACGAGGCCAUGGUCGGCGAGGACCUGCUGUGUGACUUAGACGAGUCUCCCCUGGCCGCGUACGGCCUCACCCCGAUCAGUGAAGACCCCGUGACGGCCGCGUUGGCUGAGGAAGAGCAGCGCCAGAAGAUGCAGGCCCAGACCCAGUCGCACCACGAGAUCCACGCGGCCAAGAAGAACCUGGCCAUGAUGAUGGCCAUGAUGUUCUCAGUCACAUUCUGCGGCCAGAGCGAGUCGGUGGCCAACGUCACAAACGGCAGCAACUUCUCGUCCAUGUUCAACGCUGUACCCGUGAAGGAAUUGUCCCAGAUGAGCAUUGCUUCACGCAUCGUGGCCUGCCUCGAGAAGACGACGUGGGAGGAUUUCCAGGACGUGUCUUCGUGGACAUCCUCGGCCGCCAGCGCCGCUGCGGCCGCGGCCAUGGCCAUGACGGCCGACAAGAAAUCUCGUGCGCAGCAGGCCAACUCUCCUUCGGCCGCUUCAGACGUGACAGACUCGGGCUCGUGCGCCUCCCCCAAGGAGCUCGAGGACGUUGACAUGAGCUUCGACACUGACCUCAUCGAAGAAUUUGUAUACCCAGUGGACGAGCCGUUCGCCCCUGCUCUGGCUGACACCAACUGGUUCGGCGCUGACAGCGACGAGUUCGGCCACAGCGACGUUGAGAACGAUGACGAGCACGUGGAGACCAAGACGACGGUGAAGCCUGUGUCGAUGACCUCGCGCCUGUAUGAGAAGCUGACGAAGCUGUGGAACGAGAAGAACCAAGUGCUGUUGACUGUUCUAAACGGCAAGAACGAGGUGACUCGACGCUCUGUGGCUGACAUGAGCACGAUCCGCAAGGGAAUGUCUACUGGGGCUCUGUUCCCGACCACGGCGGCCAAUGCGGCGGCCACGUCGAACGACAAGUUGCUCGAGAAGCACGACCAGUCGGUCACGUUCCUGUACCCGCUGAGCGCGUUCUCGGAGGACCAGCGCUCGGCCGCCUUCCCCAAUGGUGCCUCCUCGGACCAAGUGUUCCUGGAGGUGUCAUGCCAGAUCAAUGGUGCGGUUAGCUCCGUGCUAUAGAGGGAGUGGCGAGGUAGGUAGACAUUCAAGUAUUAGGGAGCGCAAGCUUCGACUUCAUAUUUCGAUGUAGUGUAGUUUCUUUAUCUAUCAGGAGAACCAUAGAGCCAAAGGACAAGGCAAGAUAAUGGUUUCUUUGCUUUAUCAAAUCCGAUGUUGUGUCAUGCUUCGUAUUGUGCCUUCUGCCGAAACGGCCUCCGAAUUAAGGUCC